AUGGAGGACGAUGAUUCGGCUUAUGGCGAGGAUUCCCUGAUCGGAGACGACACCGUCACCCUGUCCACCUAUAUCACCGACUACCGAUUCGAGUACGGGCGUCGGUACCACUCCUUUCGCGAUGGCGCAUACUGGGGCCCGAACGAUGACAUUGCGAACGAACAACAAGACUUGGCCCAUCAUAUGUACUUUCUGACCCUCGAUGGGAAGCUCCACAUGGCUCCCAUAUGCAAUCCGCAGGAAAUCCUCGACGUGGGAACGGGAACCGGCAUUUGGGCAAUAGAUAUGGCGGAUGAAUACCCCAGCGCCAAAGUGACGGGCGUGGACCUUUCUCCGAUCCAGCCGCUGUUCGUCCCACCGAAUUGUGUCUUCGAGAUUGACGACGUGACCCUUCCGUGGACCUACGACCCUAAUCAUUUCGAUUUCAUUCACGUGCGCGAGCUGUUCGGAUGCAUUCCUGACUGGGACGAAUUCUUCCAGCAAUGCUGGCGUUGCCUCAAACCCGGCGGGUAUAUAGAAGUCGUCGAGCACUCGGUCGAGCCGAUCGCGGACGACGAUACCGUACCGGAGGACCAUUUCUACCGCGUGUGGGGACAGACCGUACUCAACUCGGGGAACAUGUCAGGCAAGACGUUCAACAUCUGGGCCGAAAGCGCGACGCGACUGCGGCAGGCUGGAUUUGUCGAUGUGGUGGAGAGACGCUUCCAAUGGCCCAUGAAUGCGUGGAGUUCCGAUACCAAGUUACACGAAUUAGGCCGCUGGAACCAACUGCGCCUCCACGCUGGGGUUGAAGGUUUCAUGCUCCGUCUCCUCACAACGACCCUGGAAUGGUCUUACGAGCGCGCGCAAGUCUUCCUCGCGCAAAUGCGCCAGUCCCUCCGCGACUUCGAAACACAUGCCUACCUCCCGGUGUCAGUCGUGUACGCUCGUAAACCCGCUUCAACAACCAAUCCCUCUUUCUAG